AUGUGGUGUCCGAAGGUGAGGCCUGCAGUGCCGCCUUCAAGAGGGUCCAAAACUUCUUUAUGCUACGCCUUCGAACCAGCGUGCAGGCAGUUAUGGACGACACCUCGAAAUGUGGCCAGCUACCACGUCCAGAGAUUUAUUGCGAUCGGCAAAUGCUACAGAAGUUGGGACUCUCCGGAGACGAAUAUUGCAAACAGAUGGUGGAGGAGAUUUUAG